AUGACUGCCGUACUAAGAUCUACGAAUUUCUUAACCUUUAAGAUUCCUGAUAAUAAAAAAGCCCAUAGUUAUUUUAAAAACGUAGAGGCCAGGUACUGGCAAUUGAAGCAUUACCUAGGCUUUCGUUUGAAAACCGACGAAAUAAUCUUACCGUGGAAUACUGUAUAUGACGAUUGGAGACAAACACUCUCUUAUAUUUUCAAGGACUAUUAUAAAAUAGUUCCAAGCUCUGUAUCUGCUUUUUGUAAAGAUUUAUAUUAUAUUUGUGACACGUUUGAAGGCACCGUCGUACGGGAAAUUGUGAAAAUGUUUUCGGAACGUAAAAUUUCGGAAGUUUUACGAAUGUCAAAUAAAAAGCGAUUUGUUGAAGCAGAAUCUUCCAGUGGAAAACGAGCUCGGCAUUUCACACCCGAAUCAGAAUUGCCCCAAGAUCACGAAGAAUAUGAAGAUGAAAACAAGCUGAAUCUUUCGAAUGAGGAGUCCGAUUUAUGUAACAACCAAGAAGAAAACAUUGAUGAGUAUGAUGCUGAAGCAAUAAGAAACCUGUUAAAUGAAUCAGAGACACGUUCACAGGAGAUGAACACAAUUUUAUCCAAUUUUCGAACAUACCAACAUGAAACCAGGAAUAUACUUUCGGAAAAUGGGAUAAUGGACUUGAGUCCGACAUCAGAAUUUGUUCUUCUAUAUACAAAAGAAACGGAUUAUUAUAAACUGAUAGAAGAAAUUUUUGAACCGAUCGACAAGAUGUUUCCAGAAGAAGCGCAUGAAUUUCUAACCAAUUUCUUUUCAGAGAAAUUGAACGAGGAUCAGUGGGAAGAGAAACUUGAAGGUUUGAUGGAAGUUAAAGGGAAUCCAGAAAGUUUUUGUCAGCAAUCCGGGGAGAAUUCAGGACAGGAUAAAUUUAUUACAAUUUUAAAAAGAUUCUUGUUAGAAACAUUACCAAUAUUUCUUGAUGCCUAUAAACUGAUGUCAGAGAAUCCGCUUAAGGAUCGUGAAAUGGCAGAAGAUGAAUAUAUGAAUACCUUCGUUCAUCCCAUCUUAAAGAAAGCACUCAUUCGAUUUUCUGGGAUCCGAUAUGUUCCAGGUAACAAGGCUAUUAAAGCUUCUGCUUAUCGAAAAACUGUAAUGAAUCAAGAUGGUAAUGCAGAUCGUGCAGAUGGCAUUGCAUAUACAACGAAUCAGCAAAAUUCUUAUGAGAUCUCCGUUACUGAAGGCAGUAGACCAUAUGUUAUUGAAAUGAAUAAGGAAACAAAUGAUUUCAUCCAAAAUGCAAGAGCAGCGAAGGAUAUGAUCAACUUUGCAGUGACACGAGAAGUAUUGCAUAAACGGGCACUGCCAUCAUACUUUCGUACGUUCAUGGUUCAGGUUUUUGAGUUUAAUCUACGUUUUUAUUUCAUGGACUAUCUCGCACAGUAUUGUAUUUUUGAGAUUGAAACAUGUGAAAUACCUACGGAUUGGAAAGAAACCCUUCAGUUUACUUCUUUUUACAGGGCAAUUGUGACAUGGGCGUUAUUGGUUGGGAAAGCCGACAAAAAAUUUCAGGAAUCCAGAAAUAAAAGGAGUUCUCGUCUAAGCAACUGCAAUAACAUUCGAAAACUGGUAAAACUUUCACAUAAUAAUGCUAUGACGAUGACCAAGCUUAUGAGUGAUAUUAAAUUUUAUCAUUUCAUAGGAAAAUUCAUUGUACUUAAACAUUGA